UAGUAUUUUACCGAGAGAAUUGUGAUUUUACUUUGUCGUCUUAGAAAGGAAGAAUUGAAGGUAGCUUGUAGUAAAGAAUAGUUGGAUAAAAAGGGGACACUGGUUUCUAUUUUAGUUAUUUUUCGCUGCUGCAUUAUUCCCCCUCUCCAGCCCCUUAUCCUGGCUGAAGGUUGAACGGGUAAAAUGGAGGCGGACAGAUCAGGCGGAGGACCAAACCCGAACUCCGGAGGCGGUGGCGGCGGCGGCGGCAAUAGUAGCGGCAGUGGCAGCAUUGGAGCGGGGCGCAACCCUAAUGGGCCCAAAGCAUCACAAUGCCCGGCGACAUCAGCUGCCGUGAGUGGGGCCAUGGCAGCUGCAGCCACGGCGGCAACAGCGGGGGCCGUCCCCGGGUCGUCGCAGCCGCCUCAGGAGACGCAGGACGGGGACUCGGGAUUGACGCUCCCCGGGAUCCUGCAUUUCAUCCAGUACGAGUGGGGACGUUUCCAGGCCGAGAAAUACCGCUGGGAGGCUGAGAGGGACGAGCUGAGGGCUCAGGUGGCAUUUCUACAAGGUGAGAGGAAAGGACAGGAGAACAUGAAACAGGAUCUGGUGAGGCGGAUCAAAAUGCUGGAAUACGCCCUCAAACAAGAAAGAUCCAAGUAUCAGAAGCUGAAGAUUGGCAACGAGCAGAGUCCAGGCGACAAAAAGGCAGAGAUGGAGGCAGAUCAGGUUCCCAAUGGACCUGCUGAGUCCGACUCAGAACCAGCCAAUCAGAUGAGCUGGAAGGAGGGACGUCAGUUACUACGAAAAUAUCUGGAGGAAGUGGGUUAUUCAGAUACCAUCCUGGACAUGCGCUCCAAACGCGUGCGAUCCCUGCUGGGUCGCAGCAGCCCAGAGUCUAAUGGCCCCCCACCAAGCGAGAGCUGCAAUGAGCCUGAACCGCGAGCAGGUGGAGAAUCCCUAUUAGUCAGACAGAUAGAAGAGCAGAUCAAAAGGAACGCAGGCAAAGAAAGCUCAAAGGUACAUGUCGGUGGCUCUGUGUUGGACAAGAUCCCUUUCCUUCAUGGUUGUGAAGACGAUGAUGAAGAUGACAGCGACGAGGAUGAUGACUUCCAAGGCAUAGCCACCGACUGCAUCGACGGUCCACGAAAGAGUAAAAAGUCUCGUGUAAAGAUGAGUUCGGAGCCCAUGACUACGGACCUGGACCCCGAGGACGAGGAGGAUGAAGAUGACUCGGAAGAUGCCCUCAGUGAAUUUGACUUUCUUGGCUCGGGGGAGGAUGGGGAGGGGGCGGGAGAGGCCCGGAUCUCUGGGGAUGGACGGGAGUUAGAGAACCACAGGAACAAGUUACAGGGCAUGAUCUCGGACUUCCCCCCUAAACCCACCCCACCACCCUCUGUAUCAGGACAGGGACGCUCCGGGGAAGGUGGUGCAUUAGGCUUUUCUUCAGACGUCUUCAUCAUGGAUGCUGUUGGAGGAGGCGACAUGAACCUGGGCGAACUGGCUGAUCUAACGGUCGCCAAUGACAACGAUCUCUCUAUGGAUAUGCAGGACAACAGAGACGAGUUCAAGAAGACGUGGAACCCCCGUUUCACGCUCCGCAGCCACUUCGACGCCAUUCGGGCUUUGACCUUUCACCCCAACCAGGCGGUGCUGCUCACAGCCUCUGAGGAUGGCACGCUAAAGCUGUGGAACCUUAACAAGGCCAUGCAUUCGAAAAAGAACGCGGCGUUGGACGUUGAGCCCAUCUACACAUUCCGAGCACACUGUGGACCUGUUCUCUCAUUGACCAUGAGUGAGGAUGGAGAGUCCUGCUACAGUGGAGGCUUGGAUGGAACCGUCAGAUGCUGGAAGAUGCCCGACCUCAAUGUUGACCCCUAUGAUAACUACGAUCCGAGCAUCGAGAGCAGUGUGCUAACAGGCCAUGAGGACAGUGUGUGGGGUCUGACUUAUUCCACCGCCCACCAUCGCCUCGCUUCAUGUUCGGCCGAUGGCACCGUCCGCAUCUGGGACCCACAGAACUCAUCUCCCUGUGUGUCCGUCUUCAAUAAAGAGAGAGAACAUGGCACGCCCACUUCAGUGGCUUUUGUGGCGACUGACCCCAGCCAGGUGGUGGCGUCCUUCGACGGCGGUGAGACCGUGCUCUUCGACCUCAACACAGAGCAGAUCGUCAUUGCUCUGGAGACGCAAACAAAAGAUGGCAGCCAGCUGAUUAACCGCGUCGCCAGCCACCCCGCUGAACCGGUUUCUAUCACUGCACAUGAGGACCGCACCAUUCGCUUCCUUGACAACAAAACAGGUAAAGUUGUUCACUCAAUGGUGGCUCACCUGGAUGCAGUCACCUGCCUCACCACAGACCCUAAAGGCACUUACCUCGUUUCUGGCAGCCAUGACUGCUCGGUGCGCCUGUGGAUGCUGGACAACAGGACGUGCGUCCAGGAGAUCACCGCCCACAGGAAGAAGCACGAUGAGGCCAUUCAUGAUGUGGCCUUCCACUCCUCACAGCCCUUCAUUGCCAGCGCUGGCGCCGAUGCACUUGCCAAGAUCUUUGUGUGACGGCUCUGUUGUCAUUCUGUUUUCAGCUACAACUACCACAGAGACGACAGUGGACCAGCUAUGUCUGCUCCCCCUCUCACGCACAAAGACACACACAGACAGACUCACACAUGCUCGUCCUGCACCCCACUGGCUGGGUCAUCGGCACAGGACCCCACCCUUCUCUGACACCCCCCGUAAAUCUUGUAAUACUGAUCACAUCUUAUUAUGCUUAUUUUUUUUAAAGAUUUUUUAAAAAAAUUCUUGCUGCUCUGUUUUCAAGUAAUCUCAUUUCAAGUAACACUUUUCUACACUACUUAUAUUAUGUCUGGCUGUUUUCUAAGUUUUUUUUUAUUUUAUUUUUUUUGCUAGCAUUUACUACAAAGCACUUGUACAUGUUUAUCUGCUUCAGCUGCUGACACUACCAAUGUUUUGCAUAAAAGACAAUAAGGAAACGCCGCGCAUGAUGCAUGAGGUCAUUACAUUUGAGAUUUUCUUUACAGUAACUGAAGCACUCGUGCCUAAUAAAACCACAAAGGCAUCAAACAAACUGUUAACAGUGCCCAGUGUUUGCAUUGGGAAACCGUGUUUUACAUUCCAAAGACUCCAGAUAAUAUGUUUGUGUGCAGCAUAAAAAAUGCAGUCAACAACUUCUGACUUUGUUUAAAUUGGGUUUUUGGGAGACGCUAGCAAACCAGAGUGAACCGAUUAGCUUUAUUUUAUAUGUUUACAAGAAAAUUGGUCUCAUCGUACAUCUGAGCAGCUUCCCCCAUGAUUCUUCCUCUGUUUACAUGUCAGAAUAAACGUUGCCGUGGUCUAGAUGAUAAAAAGGAAGUCCCGUGUGUGCGAAUCGUUUCCACUGCAGACUGGCGCUCUGGCACCACUGUAAGCAGCUGCACACAGAUCACAGGAGCUCAGUGUUGGCCUCUAGGGCCAGUCUGAUAGCUCCGACGCCGAUUCUGUCAUUUGGUGCUUUUAACUGUACAGAGUGUGUAUGUGAGUGUGGAUUUGUAUGUUUGUAGAUGCCCUUGUUUAAACGCGGUGCUACAACAGGCCCUGUCCAUCUGGAUUCAGAAUCAGGGACCAGUUUUAGUGUCUGAGAAAGGAGAGGCUCGUUCAUCAAUCAUUGUGUUUUUGAAAAGGUCUAUUUUAAAAACAUUUCAGCAUUCACAGUCUCUGGUCUGCUCCUGAUCCAAAGGAUGUAAAGGCGUUGACCUUGAAUGUUCUCGGCUUGAUGAGUGAAUAGGGAUCAGCAGCACGUGUUACACUCAGAUUCGCCUAAACUCAGAAAGGCUUUUUUCUUGAGGCAAGAUGACAGUUUUGAAUUUCGGAUGCUAGUUGGACAUUAUUCGGCUUUUGUUUGAUCCUCAUGAAACAAAACUUUAACAGAUGUCCUGUGAAAACAGAUUUUCUACCACAAAAGCUUUUGCAAUAGUGACACAACAAAGCACCAUAUCUGAUUUUUUUUUAAACUCACCAAGGACUUGCUUCAAGAAAAAAAACUGUUCCCUUUUUUUUUUUUAACUUUAUUUAGCUGUAUCGAUAUCUGCAUAUGAAUCUGUAGAAUCAAUAUAGCUUGUAGUCCUAAUGAUUUCACCCUGCAACACUAACGCUUUUGGCUUCACACACAAAAGCGAGGACUGAAGAUUGUCCGCCAUCUUAAUGUUGGCUGCUGUGGAGCGUGUGGCCCCCUAGAGGCAAAGGUUAUGCACUGCAGCCAAUGGUUUUCAAGUUUGCCUUUAUGCAAUAACAGCAGAACACCCACUGCUUUUCGUCUGUUAAUGUUGUCUCUUUAAUACUGUUUUUUGCUAUUAUGAGAAUCACAGAUAAAAAAAAUAAAUAAAUAGUGGAACUGUCUGGUAGAACAGAUGAACAGUGGAAUUGUCCAUAGCCGAGCGCUCCUUCACUGAUCUUUCAAGGCCGACAUUCAUUCGCCAUCUGUAAAUAUUUUGAAAUCAGGGUGGCAUCCUAGUGCUGGAUCACUCUGCUGUUGCUUUGUCAAAGAGAAACAACCAGGUGCCACAACAUUAUUGCAGGCCAUAUAGUCUUGCUGUAAUUUUUAAAAAAUGUGUUUGUUCUGCUUUUGGCUCCUAAUUGCACUAUCCCUGAAAGUGGUUGCAUAGUUCAGGAGUGGAUAAACAGGGUGCAAAACCAAUAUUUUGUGUGUCUUUUUUGCAUUUUAUUUUCAACUAUGAAGAGGUUAUUGAUGGCCAGUUUUUUCCUUAUUCCCUACACAACAAAAUCUAGUUUGGCCUCUUAGGAAAAUAAAGGACAAAUCAGUAUAGUUUAAUCAGUAUUUUGCAUAAAAGACGAUUGAAUGAGGUUGUAGAUGAUGACAAUAGUUGCCAUUUCAUGCUGUAAAUGUCUCAUUUCUUUCUCCUUGCAUUUAUUUAAUCAUAUGAAUGAUUAUUUUGAUGUGAUUAUACUGUAGAGUCAGAAGUAAGUCAUUCUACUUUGCUAGGCUCACAUCUUGGUUGUUAUCAAUAAUGGCAAUGUAGAACUUGUAAAAAAAUAAAUAAACUAAAAUAAAAUGGUUAAAUAAAACAGCAGAAAAAAAGUUACCAGUCAGAGGCCAAGGUAAAGGACUCUAAUUUCUUUGUGUUUUUUAUUUUUUUAACCAGCAAUUUAUCACUGUGUGAUAUUUUGUACAUCAUAUUAAGCCGGAUUCAAACGAUUUCCUCAAACUACAAGGGAUAAAAGACCUGCUUUUUAUUGAUUUUUGUUUCAUUAUAUAUUUUUGACUGCAUUCUAGCUUGUAUCAAAUGACUUUUGUUUACGGGUCCCCUGUUGUACGUCAUUCAGGAAUAAAAUACAAAAAAUAAAAAUUUUGUACAGUGA